GACAUAGCGGAGUACCCACGAUCUGAACUAGAGAGGGGCAACUCAUAGUUGUGCAACAAUAGCACGAACAGCGAAAUAGUUUUAAGUUAAUCGUGACAGAUGACUUUAAGAUCUAAUCUAGUCACAAUAUUCACUAUUCAAACCGAUACUAAAUUGCUAUGUUUGCAUUAUACGAAUCUUUCUGAAAAUAAAGACAAUAGUCAGGAGCCGAAAAUGAAUCUUCCGUCAGUGUCCUUUUUACCAGUCUUGUGGAACAUUGUAUUUUGUCAACGUAACAAGCAAUGUCACAAUUUGCAAAUCAACAUAUUAGUUUCAAAUGCACUUACUGGAUUCUCUGUGGUAUUUCCAAACGAGAAAGUUGCCUGUAUAAACAUAUUUGGAUAUAAAUUAUUUUUUUUCUUACAUCCAGAAUCUGCAAAGGAAGUGUUAAGAAGCAACAGUUUAAUCAAUAAGGAUUCUUUUUACAAUUUCUUUAAGCCACUUCUCGGAGACAACAGUCUUCUGUACAGUCCUGACGAUAACUGGAGAAGAAGAAGAAGAUACUUAGCUCCACAUUUUCAUCUUCGAAAUGUGAAAGAUGAUCAAAAUGUAUUUAUGGAGCAUUCAAAUGUCUUAGUGGAAAAACUCAAACAAUUGCAGGAAAAUGAAAUAUUCGAUGUCCUAAAAUGGAUGAAAAAUUGCACUCUCGAUAUUAUUGCAGAAUUCUGAAAUAUUUUCCUGAAUGGAUGGUGAGUCCAAUGUACUGGUUUUCUCCAGUUUUCUUCAUGAGUAAAAUGGGAAGAAAUUACAAGAGAGAUAUUGAAAUAAUUCAUCGUUUCGACGAAAAGGUAUUCAAGAGGAAAAAAGAAAACUUUGUAAAAAAAAUGCAGCAGCAACAUUCAUUAGACAAUGAAACACGUAAUGCAGAGGAUCCAAAAAUGAAAACAAAACAGUGUAUUAUCGAUUCACUGUUGAAUCUUCAAGUAAAUCAAGGUUUAAUGUCUGAAGAAGACGUUAUAAGAGAUAUGGAAGGUUUCAUUUUCGCGUUUUGAUGAUUCAACAUUGUGUAAAAUUUAGCCAGUACAUGCGUGGCAAUGAC